AUGAAUUUCCGUACGCCAGCGAUGAUUUCAAUUGCUUCUGGGGGUUGGACAUCGCUAACGAAGUUCUCUGCAGUCAAGAAGAUCGACGCCCUCGUCCCCGUCGCCGGAAAGGUAAUCUAUUUCACCUUUGCCGGCAUCAGGGUCAGGAUGCUCGGAAAAACGUAUGUCGAUGUGCUCAGCUUUUUGCACUAUGAAUUUACCCUUCCGGAAACCGAGGAGAGCUGGAAAAAGCGCCAGGAUCUCCUCGCUCAACUCUCCGAAAUCCUCGAAAAUCGGAAGGAGAACUCCACUAUCCCGAGAGACUUCGUUGAACGAGUCAGGCCGGUCAUGCCUGGUAUUCUCGGAGCGGCCUCGUCCGAACGCACCACCCUGUCUGCUCAGGCCUGUCGAGUGAUCUCCAACCUCGCCAAGAACCUUGAGACACAAAUUCAACCCCAACUCGACCUCAUCCUUCCGCAGCUGAUUGCGCACUGCGGUUCUACCAAAAGCGUCAAUCAGAAAAACGCCAAUGACGCAGUCAUCAACAUUUGCAAGUAUGCUGGCUACAACACACGACUCUUCUACCAUGUCUGCUCUGCGUUCCGAGACAAACGAAAUCCUCCUCGCACCUAUGCCCCAGAGUGGUUGCGACUUCUCCUUGAAAACUACCGCGGUCAAAUGGACCGAGACAAAGACGGCGAAUUGGCCAAAAAGGCCAUUUAUGAAGGCCUCACCGAUGGGCAAGUCAAAGUCCGAGAAAACACGCGUGCAACCUACUGGGAGUACGCAAAAUACGACGUUCAAGGCUCUCGCAUGAUUAUGGGUGGCCUCAAUUCUCAUGCCCAGGCGGCCCUUCGCGAUGAUCGUCACAAUCCCGACAGAAGUUCUGCCAAGGAUAUAAAAGUCCCAAGACCGGAUUCAGCCCUCGCCUCCAUCAAAGCCCAGAGCAAACGCAUGCAACAACAUCGUGGCUUUACGCCUGCAUCGGUCAAACCAGAAGACUUCAUAUUCGGCUCGGUGGAAGAUCUUGAUGCCGUCCCAGAAAAACAGAAUAUUCCAAAGGGCUCCUCUGAGCCUGCAAGAGAGAAGCAAGAAAGGCCAGUUCAACAGGCUCCUCGUGGGAAUCACCAAACUGAAUCAACGGGAGGUUCACGUCAUGGAAUCUCUACGCAAUCUCGCACGGCCACCCACAAAGCACCCAAGGACAUGAAGCUUGACAGUGGCAAAGAUCUCAAGGCCUCAAACCCACAAGUUGAUGCUCGCCCAUUGCUUUCAGCACCGGUCAGAAGAGCUCGCAUCGUUGCUACGCCAAUGACAUCGACCUCAACCCAAGGACAACGUCCUGGUUCUCGUGGGGAGCCUACCAAAAAGUCCCCUGAAACCAAAGACAAGCCAGUCACAGAUAAAUCGACUGGCCGCCAUACACCAAGCACCCACGUCGAGAAAGAGGCAGUGCCAUCUACAGCCCACCAUCACCGCAAGACUGCAAGCCGUUCAGAGACCAUCAAAGCUGCCGAAAGGGGACGUUCAGCUUCCACAUCCAGCAAAAGGAAUGGUCGUCAAACACCAGUCAUUGCCGAAGAUAAAGGGCCGUCUGCUCCCCCAACUGUCCAAUCUGCCCCGAAGACUGAGCGCCCGGCUCCAGUCAUCGUUGAGGGCCAAGUAGCCGCAACUCCAGUCACAUCUGAACACGCCAACGACGUGAUGGCCCAUGAACAACUGAUGGAAAACAUUGCUCCAGCUGGCACCAUGCCCCUCCGCCCGGUCAAACCCUUUGCACCAGAAAAUCAAACCAUUCAACCAACCGAGCAUACUGUCGACAAACCCACCAGCCGUCAACACAUUCCAGAGGGCAAGGAGAACACCAACAUUAUGCGUCCACGCAUAAAGAAAUCCCCCAGCCGCUCGCCCCACCACUCUCCCACUCGCUCACCACAACGAUCCCCUCGUCGUUGCACUAGUAUUGCGUCCGCAAAAAAAUCACUUGCGACAGCCACGGAGUUCCUUCGUCACGGAACCCUCGAUGCUCUGGGCUAUCGCAGGCUUAGAAAGCUGAUUGACACUCACCCUGGUGUUCUGAUCAAGAACCAAACACAAUUUAAUGAAUUGUUCGAAUUGCUUAUUAAAAACAUGACGUCGGUGGAUGAAGUUACCGAAUCCAGGGAUAAGAGACCGGGAAAUCUCAACCAUCCUGCGUACAAUCGACACACAAUCCUCCUUACUUUGAUUGAUCUUUUCCAUCAGUAUCCACAAUGGCCAGAGCCACAGCCUGGAAUGACAUUGUGCGCACUUCUCAUUGCACGAUGCAAUCACAGCUCGGGUUAUGCCUCGGUCCUACACGCCAUCGAUGAAUCAGCAUAUCUCCUAUGCAAAUUCAGUCAAAACCCGCUCCCUACAAUUGACGCAGUCCUCGACAUGCUAGAACAAAUUGAACAUAUCAUCACCACCAACCAUCCUGUUGUUACGCCAAAAUCGACCACUACUGUAUUCCAUAGCAGUCUUCAGAGUCUCGCGUCAGAAUUUGGACCUGAACGUCCUCGUUUCACCAACAGACUCCCUAUCAUUAUGGCAUUCGGAGUACAGGUGCUCAACGAACUGCUUGCUCGGCUUGCAGCCUGCAACGAAACCCUUUUCACCAUUCAAGAGGACCGCUUGGCAUCGUUCGCAGAACACCUUCUUGCCACGUACACAUCUAUCAUUAAACGACGGGUUAUGGACUUUUGCAUAGCGCUGCAUGGAGUCAUCAAACCUGAGAAAAGAUUUUAUAACUUCUUCAGUAAGGAGUCUGACAAGAAUCUCAUUCACUACUAUGUGGCUGGAGCCUCGGGGAUGGCGACUGGAAGCUUUGGCAACACAGACAAGGUUGUGCUACCCGAGACGGACGUGGACUAUAUGGAACCAGAGCCAUCUACCUAUGACCCUGGUUCAGAGGUCUCAGCCAAUUGGAAAUUCCUUGGAAGUACCGCAAUGAAUGCCGGUGUUGCGCCAGGAUCGGGAAGUUUGAGUAUGAAUUCCCUGGAGGAUGGGGCAGGUGAAGUUGCUGCUUCGGAGGAUUCAGGAAACUAG